AUGGCGAGCCGGCAUGCUGUGAGCUCUGGCCGGGGAAGUAGUGGAGAGAGAAACUGGACUUUCACUGUGCGUAGUUCAUAGUGCUGAGGGCAAUGGCCGCCUCCAGUGCGCUUGCAGCUGGCUUAGGCCGCGUUGUGGCAUUUGACGUGUGCUGCGGUCUGGAGAACCUGCCAGUGCCAGUCAUUAAUGGAGUGGAUGAUGAGGGCUUGCCUCCCCUGCAGUACACACCUGGAAAUGUAGCUGGACCAGGAGAAGACCUUGAUCCCUCUGAAAUAAAUCUUCCAGGAUGUGACUGCUUAACCUCUUCCUGUAAGUCGGACACGUGCACUUGUCUACAAUGCUACAAAGGAGCUUACGAUGAGAACAUGUGCCUUGUGGACCUUAAUGACAAGUCAAGAUAUUCCAGGCCAGUUUUUGAGUGUAACAUUAUGUGCAAGUGCAGUGAGGCCUGUAAGAACAGGCUUGUCCAAAGAGGUCUUGUCUUUAAACUGCAGGUGUUCAGAACCUCCAAGAAAGGUUGGGGUCUUCAGACACUGGAACCAAUCAAGAAAGGGAGAUUUGUAUGUGAGUAUGGGGGUGAAAUCAUCAGCUUUCUUGAAGCCAGGAGGCGAAUUCAGUGCCAAAAUUUGGAUGAUAUGAGCUAUAUCAUAGCGGUGAGAGAACACCUGAGUAGUGGAGAAGUACUGCAGACGUUUGUUGACCCGACACACACUGGAAACGUUGGCCGUUUCCUCAACCAUUCUUGCGAUCCCAACUUGUACAUGGUUCCUGUUCGUGUUGACUCCAUGAUUCCAAGGUUGGCCCUUUUUACAGCUCGUGAUAUUGUAGCUGAGGAGGAACUGUCUUAUGAUUAUUCUGGAAGAUUCAAUAAUCUUUUGAAAGAAGACUCAGAUAAGGAAUCAUUUGGUGGCCUGACUCUUGCCCUUAAGCCAUGUUAUUGUGGUGCACAGACAUGCACUGGCUACCUGCACUUUGAUGGUUCACUCUACAAUCUCAAGGAUAAGUGAACUCUGACUUAGUUUUGCCUAUCUGGUAACUAGUUUAUGGUUCCUUUAGCUAGAUUUUGCAGUUAAUGCUUGUCGGUGUUACAGUGUUGAAUGUGUUAGCCAAUUACAUUCCUCUAUAGUACACACUUGUGGAAACACAGCCUUGACUUAUUUAUAAUGCAGCUAUCUGCAUUUACUUUAUAGGAAGAACAAAAACAAUGUUAUCUCAAAUUGCAUAUUUUAGUGGUAAUUUUCCCUAUUUUCCUUCAGUUUAGAGGUCCUUUGAUUAGGGAAUUUUUCCAAAUCCGAGAAUAUUUGCUUAAUAUUUUUCCUAAUGUUAAGGAUCUGAAUAAAUUGUGUGGCAGAACUAAUUCUCUCUUACCCGUGUUAAGUUUAUAAAUGCUUUCAUAGUGAAUCAUCGCAUUCGUGCAUUUGAAAUGAUUUUAUGGCUAGCACAGCUCAAGCACCAUCUACAGAUUAACCAAUGACACCACUAUUGUUUGUAAAAUCUCAGAUGCCGAUAAGGAGGCUUACAAAUAUGAUUUAGGUGGUCUAGUUGAGUGGUGUCACUUCAGCAACCUCACAGUCAAAUCCCAGCAAGCCCAAGAAACUGAUUGCUGACUUCAGGAAGGGGAACUUGAGAGAACACAUUGAAUCCUCAUUGAGAGGCUGGCACUGAAAAGGGUGAACAGCUUUAAGUACCUGGCUAUCAACAUCUCCAGAGAGUCUUUCUUUGGCCCAAUACAUUGAUGCAGUCAUGAAGAAGGUACAGUAGCAGCUGUACUUCAUUGGGAGUUUGAAAAGAUUUCAUAUGUCACCCAAAUCUCUUACAAAUUUCCAUAGAUUUAGGGUGGAGAACAUUCUAACUGAUUACAUCACUGGUAUGGUGUCUACAAAGCAUAGAAAUUCAAGAGGCUGCAGAGGAUUAUAGACUUGUCCAUCUCCAUCACAAGAACUUUAAGAGGCGUUGCCUCAAGAGGAUGGCACCCUUACCAUCUGGGACAUGCCCUCUUCUCAUUACCACCAUCUGGGAGGAGGUACAGGAGCUUGCAGACUCGUACUCAACAAUUUCAGAACAGCUUUUUCCCCUACACUAUCAGAUUUUUAUGCUUGUGCACUAUACUGCUGAUAAACAUAGAUCCACACCACAUGGGCCAUGCCUUCCUUUGUCUGCUAUUGUCAGGCAGAUGGCACAGAAGCCUGAAGUCCCAACCGCCAGGUUCAGGAGUAAGUUCUUUCCCACACCAAUCAGGUUAUUGAACCAAGCUACACAUCAGUAACCUACCACAACAACAGAACACUAUGGAUCACCUUUUGCACUGCUAUGGAUUUUGUCUCUAUUUUUUUUCAUUAUAUCUUAUUUUUGCAGUUUUUCUGUCUUCACUGUGUAGUUAAUGUAUAAUUUUUGUUUUGUGUGUUGUCUGAACUUACGACUGUGAUGCUACUUCAAGCAAGCUUUUCACUGCACCUGUACUUCACUGUACUUCUGCAUAUGACAAUAGGCUUGAUGUGAUUAAGUCAGAAGGCACUGUAUGAGUUUUUUGAUUGGUUUUUGUUGUCAUUUUCUUUGGUUAGUGAAUGUUAAAUGUUUGUUAAGCAAAUACUUAUAUAUUUUUACUAAACCACCUCAGUGUAUGUAAGGAAUUUGCUACGAAUUUAAUACGUGUGCUUAAAGAAGUGUUGUCAUCACUGUGUCUGCAGCUGGUCAAUUGGCUUUGAUCAUGUUUAUGUGAUUCUGUCCCUGAAAAAUCAUAACUAGAUCUUGGUGCGGACCCAUAGGUGAACCUUGGAAUUGUAGAUGUCAAAACAAAGACCCAUCCAUCUUGCUAAUCAUUUGAUAAUACAAUAAUGAGAUAUUAAGUAACCAAAGCAAUUUAUCUCUGUAGUCAACGGGGACCUGAGGCAAGGAGAGCUUUCGUGUUGCAGAACAUUGGAUAUCAUUGAUCCACACACAUUUGUUUUACACAAGUGUGCUACACUUAUCACAGCAUGUCUCAAACGACUCAUUACUGUAGGCUAAGCAGUUUUUAAAAAAGGA